AUAGGUGCGUUCAUGCUCGAGGGGGACCGAGCAUCAUUGUGGGGUAGAUCGCGACGGGGUACGGCAGAAAUCUCGGCAUCCGUGCGAGCCCUACCUCAAAGUCGUGUUCGGUUAAACGUUCAACUAAAAAAAAGGGGUAACUCCAUUCCCCUUCUCAAAAGUUCCGCAUUCUAUACUGAAGAUCUCGGAAGUGAUCUCGCACGUGGAAAAAGCAGAAUAUUUAGCAGGAUGCCGAGAUAAGGACCAGUGCAAGAACAUUGACGGUACAGGAAGACCGCAUAUUUUGGAUCGUGACAACUGCGUCGGCGCAACUAGAUAGGACGAGAGGUCACGUCACAAAAACUUCCUAUACAUAGACGACAAUUAUCAAUCAGCCCUUCGUUCCUCCCUGUCUCUUUCCACUUCACCGUCAUUUCAACGGCCAUCCCGUUCCAGCGUUUUAAUCAGAAAGAAGAGCACAAGUUACACACAGUUGGCGAGCCGAUCUCCACUCACGACCGGCCUGUUAGGAUGAGGUGAGUUCUCCAAUUUUGAUCUCAUCCCGCGAUUUCGUCGCCGCAACGAAUAAUGCCUUCAAGGGGAUCGACCGGCCGUCCCAAGGUAGACAGAUCCACUAGUCCUCUGCCGAGGAAACCGGCAGCGAGUCCCGUGAAUCCAGUGCAGGAGCUGAAGGCCCUCUUCUCCGAGCCCACCAGCAACCGAGCUCCCUCCAAUGGCGAGAAAGAGUCGGACUUUCGAUUUGAAGCGAUACAAUGCCUGCGACAGUCCUCGAUCAUCAAGAGGCCCAAGGACCUACCAGAACGAGGGAACUGGAGCAGCAAGAUCGAAUUUAUUUUGUCCGUCGUGGGACUGGCCAUAGGUUUGGGAAAUCUAUGGCGAUUUCCAUACCUUUGUUAUAAAAAUGGCGGCGGUGCUUUUAUGGUGCCCUACUUCAUCGCGCUCGCACUGGCCGGUAUACCUAUGUUCCUGAUGGAACUGUCCUUAGGUCAGAUGCUGACGAUAGGUGGUCUAGGUGUUUUUAAAAUAGCACCUAUUUUUAAAGGCAUUGGGUACGCAACUUGCGUGCUUUCCUGCUGGACCAAUGUGUAUUACAUCAUCAUUCUCGCUUGGGCGCUCUUCUACUUCUUGGUCUCCUUACGUGCUGACGUACCAUGGAGAACCUGCGACAACUCGUGGAAUACGCGCUACUGCAUCACACCUGAUGAACGUCUGAACGUGUCAUGCUGGCAGGACGAUUACUGGCCAAAUAAUGUCAUAUGUGCCACAUCCCUCGGGAAUUUGAGUCACGGACUGUUGAAGGAUCCAGUAAAGGAAUUUUGGGAGAGGCGCACCCUAAUGAUAUCCUCAGGCAUCGAAGACGUAGGUAGUAUAAGAUGGGAACUAGCCGGUACUCUCGCGGUCGUAUGGAUCAUGUGCUACUUUUGCAUCUGGAAAGGCGUUAAAUGGACCGGCAAGGUAGUCUAUUUCACGGCGCUCUUCCCAUAUGCCUUGCUGGUGGUAUUGCUCGUGCGAGGCUUGACGCUUCCCGGUGCUUCGGAAGGUUUAAAGUAUUACGCUACACCGAAUCUCUCGAAACUUGGCGAUCCUGAGGUAUGGAUAGACGCGGUGACGCAGAUAUUCUUCACUUACGCUCUCGGCCUAGGCGCGUUGGUAGCUCUAGGCAGUUACAACAAAUUUAACAAUAAUGUUUACAAAGAUGCUCUCAUCGUAUGUGGAGUCAAUACUUGUACCAGCCUGCUUAGCGGAGUAGUCAUAUUUUCCGUGGUCGGUUUUAUGGCUCAUGAGCAACAGAAACCAGUGGCCGAUGUAGCUGCUUCUGGACCCGGUUUAGCCUUCUUAGUUUAUCCCUCAGCGGUAUUGCAACUACCCGGAGCGUCAAUUUGGUCGAGUCUAUUCUUCUUCAUGCUUCUCCUAAUAGGACUGGAUAGUCAGUUCUGUACCAUGGAGGGCUUCAUCACCGCCGCCGUAGAUGAGUGGCCGCGAACACUCAGAAAACGGAAGGAAUUGUUUAUCGCGAUUGUAUGUCUGAUCUCGUAUCUAAUCGGGCUUCUAUGCGUCACAGAAGGCGGAAUGUACGUGUUUCAACUUUUGGACACGUAUGCCGUAAGCGGAUUUUGCUUACUCUUCCUGAUGUUCUUCGAGUGCAUCUCCGUCUCAUGGGCAUUCGGGGUGGACCGAUUUUAUGAUGGCAUACGAGACAUGAUAGGCUAUUAUCCUUGUUUCUGGUGGAAGAUAUGCUGGACAUUUACCACACCUGCUAUUUGCGUGGGUGUUUUCAUCUUUAAUAUCAUUAAAUUCGUCCCUGUGAAAUACCUCACGUACGAAUUUCCGUGGUGGAGCCAUUUGUUGGGAUGGCUCGCGGGUCUUUCCUCGAUGUUAUGUAUUCCAGGUUACAUGAUUUAUAUCUGGUGCGUUACAUCCGGAACUACCUCAGAGAAAUAUCGGAAAUUGAUAAAAAUAGAAGACGAUGUUGCUGCCUUGCGGAAGAAACUCAAUCCAGUCAAAGCCGCUGCCAUCGACGCGGAAUUUGAAUUAUAAAAUCGCAUUCAUGCCUUUUUCAAUCACAUAGAUUAUUUGAUGUAUGCAAUGAACUAUAGUAUGCUAAUGGGAAAGAUUUGAGCGCGCAAUUGAAUGUUUGCGAUUCAGAAUACAUCAGAGAUUUCACUAGAAUAGCAUUAAGAUGAGAUAUCAUGCGUUUAUUCAUUUUAAGCGCAAUCUCAUCGAGAAAAACGACGUUUAUUAAUUAAACUAAUCUAUUAUAUAUCUCUAUAAUCUGCUUU